AUCUAGUGGUGCUUCAUGUUUUGGAUCAAUGAGAGUGACAUGCUUCACUAUAUGCAUAUGAGAGAAAGACAAAACUAAUUAAAAAUAAAAAAAUAAACCAAAAAUCACAAAUUAAAGAAGAGAUUGCAAGUUUCGCAAAGCUUCAAACUUUCCAGUUUAACUGCAGAAAAAUCCGUCAAAGUUUUAAUCUUUCUCGGGAAACGAUUGGUUUCAGGGAAGGUGAAGCAAAACGAUGUCGUUUUCGGGGAAGAAGAAGGAGACGAGUCCAGUUUCGCCAUUGAACAAACGAAGAGCAAGCUGGUCAGAGCUUUGGGUUAACCACCACCACCACUUCCUCUCUCCUCCUCCUCAAAUCCCCAAAUCCGAUCUCACCCUUCUCUUACCCGACCCCACUCUCCUCACAAUCAUCGCCAAGGUCCCUCCAUCUCACCGAAAGACUCUGUCUUUAGUCUGCAAGAGAUGGUUAAGACUCCACGGUACGCUUGUACGGUCGAUUAAGGUGUCGGAUUGGGGAGUUCUCGAGUCUGGUCGGCUUGUCUCUAGGUUUCCCAAUUUAGACAACGUUGAUUUGGUUGUCGGAACGUGUGGUGGGUUAGUUUCGGUUACUGUGGGUGUUGGGUGUUACCAAAGUGUAGACUUUAUUGAGGAGGAGAGACUCUUGUUGUCUGCUGAAACUGUUGAUAGGGGGUUAAGGGUCCUUGCGUCUGGCUGUUCUACUCUCAGGAGGCUUGUGGUGGCGAACGCUAGCGAGUUAGGUUUGUUGAGUGUGGCUGAAGCGUGUACGAGGCUGCAAGAGCUGGAACUGUUAAAGUGUUGUGACAGUGUUCUGCUUGGAGUUGGUGCGUUUGAGAAUCUGCAGAUACUGAGAUUGGUCGGUUUGGUUUCGGAUAUUGGUUUGAUGAUUGUGGCUCAAGGGUGUAAGAGGCUGGUGAAGCUUGAGCUUGUUGGAUGCGGAGGAGGGUUUGAUGGGGUUAAGGAGAUAGGCGAGUGUUGUCAGAUGCUUGAGGAGUUUAGUGUUUGUGAUCAUAAGAUGGAAGCAGGGUGGCUUGGUGGGCUUGGGUAUUGUGAGAAUCUCAAGACGCUGAAGCUAGUUUCUUGUAAGAAGAUUGAUUGUGGUUUUGGUCUAGGUGAAUGUUUGAGUCGUUCUUGUCCUGCGCUGGAGAGGUUGCACUUGGAGAAGUGUCAGUUGAGAGAGAAGGAUGCUGUGAAAGCUUUGUUUAAGAUGUGUGGAGCAGCGAGAGAGGUUGUUUUUCAAGACUGUUGGGGAUUGGAUGAUGAUAUCUUCAGCUUGGCAACGGCUCUUAGGAGAGUGAAGCUGCUGUAUCUAGAAGGAUGCUCAUUGCUAACAACAUCAGGUCUUGAAUCAGUGAUUCUACAUUGGCAUGAGCUUGAACAUCUGAAAGUGGUUUCGUGCAAGAACGUUAAAGAUUCGGAGAUCUCUCCUUUGCUCUCAGUUUUGUUCUCAAACUUGGUAGAGUUGCAGUGGAGACCAGACACUAGAUCACAUCUCUGGUUGAGCCUUACAGAGAGUGGAAUUGGGAAUAAAGGAGGAAAGUUUUUCAAGAAAAUAUAGAAAGUUUUAUUUUCCAACACUGAAACUGUUUCUCUCCAAUACUUUUUUAGAAACUUUCUUAAGCUUUUUCGUUUCUUGUGGAACAAAGUAGCAAUUGCUAACUAUAAUGAAUAGUGUUAUUUUCUUUAACCUGA